AGAAGCGAGGGAGACAGAUAUGUGGUUAGGGUUCCCAAGUAAGUAAGGUUCAUUCCAAAAGAUCCUUUGUCGAAGAGGCGCAUACCGAAAGAACCUUGUGUAGAAGUCCGUCCCUGGAUUCAAAUCCGCGCCCGAAACUCGUAGCACGACCCCCGCGCCACUUCCCUCGCCUCCCUCCAGAACCCAAAUCAAGCGAGUCUGAACGAAAUCCUCAAAUCAAGCACAGGAAUCCCCAAAUCGCGGUCCGAUGCCGACGUUGGAUGGGGAGGAGGUGCCGCCGGCGGCGGCGGCGGCGGACAGCGAGGAGCUUGAGCCGCUCUUCGACUACUCCCGCGUGCAGCCCACAAUCGACUUCUGCUUCGACGGUACGCUUCGCGAUGGGAUAGGGGUUUCAGUCGAAAGUUGCUUAAGGUUUUCUCGGUUUCGUUGUGCAGACUCUGACCUUGAGAAGUCGGACAUCUUCGUCCACUGCAACAAGCGCCCCAAGGUGGCCGAAGCUGCUGCCGACGCCGACGCUGUCGGCGAUGAGAAGGACGCCACCACCACGAAGAAGGCUACAGUGGUGAAUUUGGAUGAGGAGGAUUGGCUGCCUCCGCCUCCGACGAAGCCUGUCGUCAGGGCUGACAUACGGAAGGAUAAAACACUACAUGAGGAAAGAUUAAAUAAACAAGAGAUAGAAAAACUUGCUGAAGAUACAUUUCAAAAGGUUGCAGAAGCUGUUAAGAAAGGCCUUGAGGCCAAGAAACAAUCUGAACAUAUAGUUCUAGACGAGGCAACUGAAACAGAAGUAAAGAAAGCGAGAGAAAAGAUACUCAUAAUGAUUGAGGACAAAGAUGGGAGGCAGCAAUUCCGUAUAUCCAAGGAUGAGAAGUUCGACAAGCUUUUCAAGGUGUAUGCUAAGAAGGUCCAAGUCAGCCCUUCUGAUCUGACUUUUGUGUUUGAUGGUGACAAAAUAAACCCCACUAGCACACCCCAGGACCUUGACCUCGAGGAUGCUGACAUGAUCGAGGUGCGCCAUAAGCCACGGUGAUGGCUAGGAGCUCUUCCUGGGUUAGUUCCUGAUCUACCCUUUUGGGCGUCCCUGUGUGAGACGUUGUUCGAAUGGUGACUUGUUUUGUUUUGCGCUCAGCUGCUCAUAAGGUCAGCUCUAUUUUGCUAGUGUCAGCUUCAGCCCUGUUAUAUGUUCAUGUCUAUGUCCAUAAUAGACAUAUGUCAUAUGUACACAAGCAUAUAUGUACACAAGCUUCUGUCCGGCCUCUUGGAUAUAUGUUUUUCUUUCUUGUCAUGCUUUAUGCUUUAGCGCUGUAACUGAGUAUAGCCAGAAUUGUACCAUGGGCUAUUUGAGCUGUGUAUCCUAGUGCAAUGCGUACAAACUUUGGUUGGCGUGUUACCGCGGUGAGCCCGUGAGUCAACUGUACAGGUGCUAAGCCUAUAGUGUGUGUUUUACACAAGUGCUAUGCCUAUAGUUACCUGUAUGGAUAAUUUUGGUU